CUGAACGCUAGUUAUUGGGAUUCUUACUAUCGAAUAUCACCCUCGUUAAUGGCACCUCAGAAGACGCGUUCAUUAACCCACGAUACACGGAUGUGAUUGGUGUCUCCAAGGUCAAUGAUGGAUCAGACGACCAAUCGGUGUUCAGACAAGGAUCGACUGGUUAAAGCGGCGUCCUUGAGGCAAACGCAAUCGCACUCAUCCAAGCCCGUGAAGACUGACGGCGGUGCUUUCGUGGGACGUGCAGUCCACACGAGUUCCAACCUCCAGAAGAGCAUUCCUCGGUUGGCUCCCAGUUCCUCCUUGAAAAACGAAACCUACACCUCAGCAAAAAAUACAAACAGUAAACAUGGAUUAAUCAAGAAGCUUCUCGGACGCUCAGCUACCCUGACAUCUGACAGCAAAAGCCGGAGCAAAGUUGCGGAGACUCGUACUCAUAGCUUACAUCCCAAGCCUGGGACUACCUCGCAGGACAUGGGGAAUAUCCACCAGGGUAACCCUGUCACCGAGUUCUCAAGUCCUUGUGAUAGCAGCUACGUCAUUACGGAUCACCACGGGGAUCAAACGAAUUCCCUAUGCCCCUGCACUCAUGCCAAAUGCAACAAUUCAGCACUGGUCAAUGGGGAGGCGAACAAGUCUGGUCAGCAGCAGUCAGGCCAGUCGGAGCUAACGGUCGCACAACUUCACACAGUGGUUGAACGACUUCAACUGGCUAUCAGUAAUAAGGACCAGCGAAUUCAGGAUUUAGAACGCGAAGUGCACAAGCUGCGAUCCGUUUUGGAUCAGAAGAUCACAGAGACAUGGGUCACUGGAGAAGGAGAAAAAAAUACUUCCCCCUCGGAAGAGACUGCGAUAAUGCGUCACGAGGCUCUUGCUUCUAUUCCCGAAGGUCAUAUUACUACCGGUGAAGAGCAGCCCGUCACCACCCCUAGCAGCGAAACUCCAGGUUCACCUCGCCCACCCGCAGCAGCAUUUUUGCUGCGGAAGCGGCAAGGUGUUUCUGGCGAGUCCCUUCGUACUACCAUAGAAUUGAAAUACCAUGAAAAAAAUGCUGCAGCUCGGCAACAAAUCAGGGAGGCUUUUCGAAGCAGCGAUCUGUUGAUGAACCUGGAUGCGGUACAGUUGCAAGAAAUAGUCAGUUGUAUGCACGAACAAGAAAUUCCAGCCGGUUGCUACAUUAUUCGUGAAGGUGACGAUGGAGAACAUUUAUAUGUGGGAGCAGAGGGACGGUAUGAAGUAUCGAAGGAAGGGAAAAUCUUGUCGGUAAUGGAUGCUGGACGAUGCUUUGGAGAAUUGGCACUAUUGUACAACUGUAAACGGACGGCUUCCGUCAAAGCGCUGGUAAAAUCACGCGUCUGGGUGUUGGAAAGAACAUGUUUUCAAACCAUCAUGAUGAAAACCGGGUUGGAGCGGAUAGAAGAACGGAAAGCAUUCCUCAGAAGCGUGCCACUCCUCAAAGAUGUACCUUCGGAACGUAUUCUUCGAAUCGCCGAUGCUCUUGAAGCACAAUAUCACGCUCCCGGUGACUGCAUCAUACGACAAGGGGAACUAGCCGACAGCUUCUUCAUCAUCCAGUCAGGAACGGUGAAUGUGACCAUCACAGUCCCAGGUUCAAACGAGUUCGGUGAAUCAACAGAGAAUAACAUUCGACAGAUGUCCAAGGGCGAGUAUUUUGGCGAGAAAGCCCUACUGGGCGAGGGACGACGUACUGCCAAUGUGUAUGCGUUAGGACCGAAUGGCGUUGAAGUAUUAUGUCUCUAUCGAAAAGACUUUUUGGAACUGAUUGGUGACAUCAAGGAAUUGAUGAACAAACCGUACAUGGAAGAUGAACUGAGUGCCUGCAAUAAAUCAGAGUUCCUUCCACAAUGUUCAAUGCUACCACGCGAUCCCGUCACAAAUGCAAUCUUGCCAACUGUCGCUGGGCAAACUGAGAAGGCCGUCCCGUCAUCGACCCCGUUCAACAUCUCUUCACAAGCUUUACGUCUUUUCCCGCUGGGUCUUGAUUCUGUUCUUAAGCCCAGGCCCAUGCUAACAAAUAUCCGGUUAGCUGAUCUAGAGCGUGUUUGCGUCUUGGGCGUUGGCGGUUUCGGACGCGUCGAUCUGGUAACCCUGUCGUACGAUCGAGCACAAGCAUUUGCGAUGAAGCGGAUGCAGAAGCAGCAUAUCGUACAGACGCGCCAGCAAGAACACGUGCAUUUAGAAAAGGCAAUUCUCUCAGCAGUCGAUUCCCCUUUUAUUUGCCGGCUGUAUGCUACGUAUCGAGACAACAAAUAUAUCUACAUGCUUUUAGAAGCUUGCCUUGGUGGAGAACUUUGGACGAUAUUGCGUGACAGUCAUCAUCUGGACGAUAGAACAACUCGGUUUUGUCUGGCCUGCUGUAUAGAGGCUCUGGAUUAUCUACACGCUCACGGUAUCAUCUAUCGGGACCUGAAACCGGAGAAUAUGCUCAUUACCGCCAAGGGCUACAUAAAGCUAUGUGAUUUUGGUUUUGCCAAAUAUAUCGGAAUCGGUCAACGUACCUGGACUUUCUGUGGUACACCGGAAUAUGUGGCCCCAGAGGUAAUCCUCAAUAAAGGGCACGACUUUGCUGCUGACUAUUGGUCACUUGGGAUCCUAACCUUCGAAUUGUUGACUGGGACACCCCCGUUUCAGGCAUCAGAACCAAUCAAAAUUUACAUGAAAACGCUCAAAGGGAUCGAUGCGUUAGGGCUUGCACAGAACAAAUAUAUUUGUCUCAAAGCGUUGCAAUUUAUCCGGCGUUUCGAUUGGGCCGCCAUUGCUAAGCAGACACUAGCCACUCCAUUCAAAGUCAAGUUGAAUGGACCUUUGGACUAUUCCAACUUCGAUCGGUUCACAAUGGAUGAACAGGAACCGCCGGAUGAAUUAUCGGGAUGGGAUGCUGACUUUUAAUGGUGAUGUACGAUGACAAUCUCACUCCUCCCAUACGGUGGUUGGUCUCCUUGAUAACUGCAACAUCCCCACAGGACUUAACUGCUGCUGACUAGUUCUUUCAUGGUCAUGUAUAAAUAUAUCCCUCGCCCUUUUGACACUCAUAGUUCGAUUUCGAUUUUAUGUACUUACAGGAUUAUGGGGCUGUGCAAGCUUCGUUUUUUUUUUGCUCGAAGCCCACCCCCAUACGCACACAUUGCAAAGUGCUUCCAGUCUGCUGCGUUACAAAUCUUAUUGAGCACCCGAUUAUCUUUGUACAACGAGAUUUUGCCAACCCACAGUACAUAGGUCUCUGAAGCAGUUCCGUGUACGACAGUCCACGGUGUCAAGCGCACUCUGGUCAACAAACCCCUAUUUUGCGCCACUCUCUUAUUCUGUGAUUUAUCGCCAUGUUCCUCUGUUAUUUUUCUUGUUGUACAGAAGACCUGGUUGUGAUCCGUGCCGUUCAUUUCUCGCCCCUGGCGUAAUACUUAGCCUCACGCCUCUCAAUUCACGUGAUCAACCGGGUACAGCAGCAUUACUGAGAAGCGUUGUCCCGACUGCUUCGACCACCCCCUCUUCUAGAUAUUGUUUGCCUUUCCAGAUUAUUCAGUCUGGUACAAGACAUCUUCCUGUUACUCUCAGAUUGAGUCACAUUAUUCUUGUUUUACUCGUUCCAUUUUGCUUCACCGUUAUUCGCCUGCUGAUACGAUAGAGUUGUGAGCGUAUUGUGCUCACAGCUGCCAAAAUGUCAUAUUCUCAUUUUGACCAUUCUUGUUCCUGAAGUCAUGGUUGUUGAAAAAAAUCGCUAAACACGAUGCAGGAGGAUUACGCGGUUCGGUUCUGUGAAGGUUUUUGGAUAGGUG